AUACCCUCAACAGCCCCACCAGCCCCUGUGAGGAGGUGAUCAAAAACCUCAGCCUGGAGGCCAUUCAGCUGUGCGACCGGGACGAUAUGAUUUAUGGAGUUUAUGAUGCUACUCAGCAAAGGAGUACAUUUUAAGGAAAUUGCACAGAGAGAACCUGACAGAUUUCUAUGUCUUUGUGUCUGACAAUAGUUUUGUGAAGGAAAGGAAAAAAAAGGUUUUCUCUUUUUUACAUAUUUAAAAAGGAAAGGAGUGAUUACAUGUUGGAGAAGGUCAACUUUGAAACCUAAAGAUGAAAUAAAUCUACAUUCCAGGUUUGUUAAAAAUGUAGUCAAGAGCUCUGCAUUUUUGAAGUUCCUCCACAUCUAUGGAACAAAUCACAAGACAGUGGCAUAGCAGAAAUGGAAGAACUUCCAGUACCACAUAACAUCAAAAUAAGCAACAUUACAUGUGACUCAUUCAAGAUUUCAUGGGAAAUGGAUUCAAAGUCAAAGGACCGUAUUACACACUAUUUCAUUGACCUCAAUAAGAAAGAGAACAAGAACUCCAAUAAAUUUAAACACAAGGAUGUUCCAACAAAAUUGGUGGCAAAAGCUGUUCCCUUGCCAAUGACUGUCCGUGGACACUGGUUUUUGAGCCCAAGAACUGAGUAUACAGUCGCAGUGCAGACUGCCUCAAAACAGGUUGAUGGUGAUUAUGUUGUGUCUGAAUGGAGUGAAAUUAUAGAAUUCUGCACAGCAGACUAUUCAAAAGUUCAUCUAACACAGCUGUUGGAGAAGGCUGAAGUGAUUGCAGGACGGAUGCUUAAAUUUUCUGUUUUUUAUCGUAACCAACACAAAGAAUAUUUUGACUAUAUUCGAGAACAUCAUGGGAAUGCUAUGCAGCCAUCUGUCAAGGAUAACAGUGGUAGCCAUGGCUCUCCUAUCAGUGGAAAAUUAGAAGGCAUCUUCUUCAGCUGCAGCACUGAAUUCAAUACUGGGAAACCACCCCAGGAUUCACCUUACGGAAGAUACAGGUUUGAGAUUGCAGCAGAAAAACUUUUUAACCCCAAUACUAACUUAUACUUUGGGGACUUCUACUGUAUGUACACUGCUUAUCAUUAUGUGAUUCUUGUUAUUGCCCCUGUGGGAUCACCAGGAGAUGAAUUUUGUAAGCAGCGCCUUCCUCAGCUAAAUUCCAAGGAUAAUAAAUUUUUGACCUGCACAGAAGAAGAUGGGGUGCUGGUUUACCACCAUGCCCAGGAUGUCAUUUUAGAAGUCAUUUACACUGAUCCUGUGGAUCUUUCUCUGGGCACUGUAGCAGAAAUCACUGGUCAUCAGCUCAUGAGUUUGUCUACUGCAAAUGCAAAGAAAGAUCCCAGCUGCAAAACCUGUAAUAUCAGUGUUGGACGUUAAUGCCCACUUUUCAUAUUCUUACUCAGUCCCUUUUCUUCCCUUAGGAGCAUUGAUCCUCUGUUGUCCAUUCUCAUCACCAGAUGUUUUCCACUGAAGCAUGCACAUGCCGCUAUCACCAAAAGCAAAGUGCCAUUUUUCAAAUUUCAUUCAGA